UAAAGAAAGAAAAAGGAAUAAAGUUAAAAAGCAAAUGAAGUUGAAAGCAAUAAAUAGAAUCAAGGGAACUAAGAAAGAAAAGAAGAAUGGUAAGACUGUUCGAGCCACUUGUCCUACAGCCUCUUGUGUCUCUAACCAGACGACUGCGUUAGCCCUGGAGUUAACUGUAGUGCGGAACUUUCUAGCUCAAUACAACCGUAUUAGUAAAAAACUGUCGUUAAUGAAGAACAAGUUUUUAAAGAAGGAUGCUAGAAAUGGUACAGCAGGAUAUUUGGCGGAUAGGAUUGGAAGCAGCAUGGAUAGGAAUGGUCCACUCUGCAAUGGAGAUUUUAAUAAUACGGAAGCAUUGUCGGCCUAUGAGUUGUUGACAGAAUUAAACACCUGUGACUCUACCAUUGGAACCAUCUGUGGUACUUACACUACUGUACCAGAAGCAACAUUGGCUGAAUUAGAUGUUUGUGCUCAGACGAUGAGUGUUUAUCAGGAUAAGAGUAAAGAAUGUGGGACUGCAGCUACAAACUGCAAAUGUUGGGAGGAAAUGAUUGUACUGUCUCAAAGUGUUAAAGCUUGCAAUAAAGCGAAGGAUGUUGAGGACGGAUUUAAAUCUGAUUAUAAUGGUUGUAAAUCCAGUUUCACCAGCUGCAGUAAACUAGAAGAUAAAGCUCCAACUCUGAUGCAGAAAUGUUAUACUUCUCCUGAGAAGCAAAUGAUCCUGAUAAAAACCUACCUGGAGAUUCUAGAUUCUACGGAUAAAGUAUCAACCACCGUAGACGCUAUUAUAUCCAGUUCAAACAAGGAGCUUGCAGCCCGGAGGAAACGUCAAACUUCUUCUUCAAAACCCUGUAAAGACUUUUUAACUGCGGUGAGUGCAUUCUUAACUGUAUUGAGCGGAUCCAACCUUGACGGGAAGUCUCCUGAAGUCAGUAACCUGGGAAAAUCUGUUGUAGGGAUGGUUGUUGAGGUUUGUUCUGUAUCCGAGAUUGCAUCUCUUCAGACAUCAAAGACAAGUUUAACCGCUUCAAGGAAAAAAGUUUCCGAGAGACUUGAUAAAAUUCAGUCAGUCAUUCAAGCUUUAACUCAGACAACAGUUUCUGUUUCAUCUGUGGUGCUUGCCACCUUCCCUAUACCAGACAAACUGGGUGUCGUACAACCAACCACAACUGCUCAGACUACAGCUUCUACAGGUCCGACUACAUCUGCUAAAGGUACUACCACGGCUGCUCAAAAUCCAACGACAACCGCCCCAGGUCCGACUACAGAAGCUCCGGGUCUAUCUACAGCAGCUCCAGGUCCAAAUACUGUUGCUACAGGUCCGACAACAGCUGCUGUAGGCCCAACAACAACAGCUCCAGGUCAAACAUCAGCAGCUUCAGGUCCAACAACAGCAGCUCCAGGUCCAACAACAGCAGCUCCAGGUCCAACAACAGCAGCUCCAGGUCCAACAACAGCAGCUCCUGGUCCAACAACAGCAGCUCCAGGACCAACAACAGCUGCUCCUGGUCCAACAACAGCUGCUCCAGGUCAAACAACAGCAGCUCCAGGACCAACUACUGGUACUCCAAGUCCAUCCACUACAACAGUAGCUAAUUUAACUACCACAACUGCUGUUGUUACUGAAUUGGCAAUGCCUGUGAAGGUCGUUUUCUCUCUAGUUUCUGUAACAAUGGUCGGAUGAUUUGGUAGAACAAUCUUGAAUGGCAAAAAGUUAAUAGAUUAAAAUUCUUUAAAGCACAUUAUAAAGCUAAUUUUAUUUUUGAAUUUUUCAGAAACGAUGAAUUGAUCAACCUUGAAAUUAAUUUGAAAUAAAGAAAAAAAAAAUAGGAA